CAAAUCUUCAGCCAUCAUCUGCCGAAACAACACACAGCAGAGGUCAAGCCAGAGGAGAAAUAGUUGAAACAAAGGAGAAGUCCAAGUGGCACAGGAGAAAUAAAACUCCAGUGGCAAAUAUUUGUCAGUGAGAACUGACCCUGAAAAACUACCAUGGGAAAUUCAACCAGUAGCGCAUUAUCGAAGGAGAUCCUGAAGGACCUGAAGCUCACCACACACUUCACUGAGGAUGAGAUCUCCCAGUGGUACGAGAACUUUCAGACGCAGUGCCCGACAGGACGCAUUACACCAGAAGAGUUUGAGCAGAUCUACGCCCGCUUCUUCCCUGACAGCGAUGCAAAGAGCUACGCACGACAUGUGUUUCGCUCCUUUGACACAAACGACGAUGGCACCUUGGACUUCAAGGAGUACAUCAUCGCACUGCACAUGACUUCCACUGGGGAGCCGGCCAGGAAACUGGAGUGGGCCUUCUCGCUGUUUGACGUGGACAAGAACGGAUACAUCAACAAGACAGAAGUGACAGAGAUCUGCCAGGCCAUAUUUAAGCUGAUCCCCAAGGAGGAGCAGGCCAAGCUACCAGAGGAUGAGAACACACCAGAGAAGAGAGCCAACAAGCUGUGGGCUUACUUCGAAAAGAAAGACAACGAGCGACUGGCUGAGGGAGAAUUCAUCAAGGGGGUGAUUGAAAAUGAGAAUGCAAUGCGUCUUAUCCACUAUGAGCCACCGAAGGAAUAAAGUCAUAACCAUUUAAUUCCCUCUCGUUAAAGUCUUUCAAACUCUUUUCCUCCUUGCUCUUGGAUCCACUCCACCCCUCUGUGUAAAUGCUCUUCCUGCUAAAUAUUGGUUGCAACUAAUGUUUCAGUAAGUUUUGUUUAUGUCAGAUUGUUUUGCUAAUGUUUGUCCUUUAAUUGAUAUAAUAUUGAAGCUAAAAGAGGCCAAUUAAGGCGUAGCGUUUAACAUUUCUGCACAGGUAAAAAAUAAGCUUUCUUGCUACUUCUUUUGUAUAAUAAUAAACAAUUCAUAAGUAUCAUACUCGAUAGGUAGCUUAUUCAAGUUUUUUUUACAGAACUGGAAAUGUCUACAAAAGGUUGUAGCUCUAACGUGUUGUACUGAAUUCACUGUACAAUAAAUACAUUAAAGGUUUUCUCAUAAA